UCAUUAAUGAUUUUAACUCCCAACAAUUAGGAAAUUCAGAACAUAUCACACAGUUCUGCUUACAACAACAAACUCAACGGCCAACGGCGGUGACUUUUCCGGCGACAGAAAGAGAAAGAAAGUUAGAGAGAGAAACAAAAGAUGUCGCUGAAAUUAUACGUAGAUCGCGUGUCUCAACCUUCACGCGCACUUCUUAUCCUCUGCAAGUCAAAUGGUAUUGAAUUUGAGGAAGUCCCUAUUGAACUUGCCAAAGGCCAGCAUCGUUCUCCUGAAUUUGCAGAAAUCAAUCCCAUGAAACAAGUACCAGCUAUCGUGCACGGAACGUUUACGCUUUUCGAAAGCCAUGCUAUUCUUAGAUAUCUAGCUUCAGCUUUUACUGAAGUUGCUGAUCAUUGGUAUCCAACUGAUCUGCACAAACGAGCAAAAAUAGAAUCUGUUUUGGAUUGGCACCACUCAAAUUUACGCCGUGGUUCAGUUGGUUAUGUUCUUAAUUCUACAUUGGCACCUGCUAUUGGAUUGCCUUUGAAUCCACAAGCAGCAGCACAAGGUGAAAAAAUCCUUUUAGCAUCUCUUUCAACUAUUGACACCUUUUGGCUUCAGAAAGAUGGAACCUUUUUGCUUGGCAAUUCCCAGCCUUCAAUUGCAGAUCUUAGCUUAGUGUGUGAGAUUAUGCAAAUUGAGGUUCUGGAUGAGAAGGAUCGUGACAGGAUAUUAGAUCCACACAAGAAUGUUUUGAAGUGGAUUGAUGAAGUAAAGAAUGCAACAGCACCUUAUUUUGAUGAAAUACAUACAACCCUCUUCAAAGUUAAAGAGAUGCUGCAUUUGAAGAAAUCUGCAGGAGAAAGCAGUUAGAAGCUCGGACUCUACAAAAAUAUCGCCUUAUUUGUGUCAGAUCCUCCAAGUGCUACGCAUUUCUGUAGGAUCCAAUACGGGUGCGAUAACAUUUUUGUAGGUCCCGACCAACAGAGGUUAAAACAUGAUCAAGCAGCAGACCAUAUAAUAUAUAUUUUGAAAUGCUAAAUAAACUUAAUGCAGAUGAUAAGGCUUAUAAUAUUUCAGCAGUGUGGACUUUGGUGUAAUUUUGGUUUGGAACCUUUUUUCUUGCUGUAAGCUAGGCUUUGUGGAUUAUGCUACUUUCUUUGAGAGAUCCAACUCAAGUGAAUAAAAGCUGUUUUGCCUGCUUUGUUUGUAUAAAA